CUUGCAAAAUCCCUGAAAUACUUCAGUGUAUAUGAAAAGCAUAACAAAGAAAAGUAAAAUAAAAAUAAAUAUGUCAACCCCCCUGAGAUCCAACCUCAGAAUCACUUGUUCCAAAAUGACUGAAGAAGUGUUGUUUACUUCACAGACCCAGUGACGCCCACUCGAAGAGUUUCGUUUCCUAGGAAUAACAGCUGACCCUCCCACUUGUUUAUAAGGCACAGUCGAGUCUUAGGCUCCUCAUCCUGAGUGGAAUAAUGGGUCUAUUGACAGCUAUAGCAAUCGCAGCUGGAGCAGGUGGAGCAGUGAUCUCUGCUCCUAUUGUCCUGGGGGCUGUAGGUUUCACCUCAGCUGGAAUAGCAGCUGGUUCCUAUGCUGCAAGCAUGAUGUCUGCAGCUGCUGUGGCCAAUGGAGGAGGAGUGGCAGCAGGAAGCCUGGUGGCUGUUUUGCAGUCAGCAGGUAUGGCAGGUCUGUCUGGGGCCGCCACCGCAGCCGUGGGCUCUGUUGGAGGAGCUGUGGGAUUUUUGGCUACUCUCAUCUGAGACCAGGAAAUUAUGAUAAUCAGAAAGAAAAAUAAUAAUAACAAAGGAUAUAAUUACUGUUGUUGGAAACAGUUGCCAAAAGUAUCAGCGUCAUGCUUCAGUAAAGCUUGGUUGAAAUGUGAGUGCUGGUAAUGCUGUGGUGUUUUAUUACGAAACACAUGAACACGGUCAAAUUGUGCAACUUAGAAUAAAGCCCUAAUAAUGAAAAGCAUUUUAAAGUUGUG